CCGUAGCAUACAUUCUCACUUCUUCGCCACCACAUCUGUAGCCAUGUCAUCGCCGUCUUCCUCGUCGUCGACAAUGACGUUCAAGCAGAGGAUGGAGCAGCUUCGUCGCGCUCAUGCGCUCGACGCUGAGUCCUCAUCGUCACCAAUGUCGACCUCGAUGACUGUGGAUGCUGAGCCUUCGUUCGCCAUUCCACCCGACCAUUUCCUUGCUCAACAGGGCAAGGCUACCGCGGGAUAUCACGCUCAGCAGUCGGCCGAAGCUGGACCAUCGUCACCAUCUCGAGCAUCUUCAUCACGCCUGUCAACGUCACCGGCCCCCUCAUCUGACGGCCUGGAUGACAUUGCUCGAUUCCUUUCAAGUGCCGGACCUCUUCCUACUGCCCCGUCUGCAGCUACUACGGCUCCAUCUCUCUCCUCUCUGCCGGACACAUCGACCCUAGCAGGCGCCGACUUCGAUAUCGAUGUUCGCUCCGGCUUCCUCCCUCCGCAAGCGCCCCUCUCACGCAUCCCUCACUCCCUCCACGAGUCAGUCUGGGAGCGUUUCCUCGAUGGGGCUCGGGAAGUCGGCCUAGCCAUCAAUGGCGGUGGCGCAGCGGUAGAUAAGCAGCAUCGAAGACGUUGCAGGGCUUGGCGACGGGCUAUCAGGGAGGAGAUGCCGGUGAUGGAGGAGCUGAGCGACAAGAUGAGGCAAGACAUCCGCUUCGCAAGACGAGGCCACGUCGUCUUGACGUUUCUGGCGCACUACUACCUGCAUAGCCAGCCGCAGCCGUCCAAGCUGGCGAGGGCAAUGCACGAAGCGCAGGAGAAGGCUAGCACCAAUCAAGCAGCCUCCAGCUCAAGUUGGCUGGCUUCAGCCCUUAGGUGGCGUCGAGGUGGCGAGGCCGCCUCCUCCUCUACGGCCCCGCUCUGCGCAGAGGACAUUGCAGACGCUGCCUCUCUCCAUUCGGAGUCACUAGGCCACUAUGCCUCUCGCCUCCCUGCCUCCAUCUCAGUGCCGCUUCUCGCCCUCUCCCACCAGCUGGACUUGCCACCCAUCCUCACCUACGCGGAUACGGUACUCUGGAACUGGACUUUCAUCAACCCCUCUGCCGGCCUCACGCCUGGUAACCUUCGCAUCGUCGAGACCUUCAGCGGCACGGAAUCGGAGCAUCAUUUCUUCCUCACCUCCCUCCUCAUCGAGCUUCAAGGCGUAGCCGCGCUCGGUCUCAUGCGGGCAAGUCUCGACGAAUGCUUCGUUGCGGACGAGCUGGCCAGACGUCGUGUGGCUCAAUACCUGCAGAGAUUAGUGGGAGUGGUAGGCGAGCUGGAGCAGACACUGAAGGAUGUGCGAAAGGCGUGUGACCCUGCAACCUUUUAUUGGGCGAUCAGGCCGUGGUUUAGAGGAGGGGACGCCGCUCCGGAUGGUGGAAGAGGAUGGUUUUAUCCUUCUUCCCGUGAGGAGGAAUAUAGCGAGGCGUUGCAGCCACGCCUCUUCACCGGCCCAUCAGCUGGUCAAUCAUCCCUCAUUCAUGCGUUGGAUGUCUUCCUGGAUGUCGAUCACGCUGGGGUCAAGGGGCACGUUGCCCCCCCUGCUGGUCAUGGAGGUGGUCAGCAACAGCAGCGCAAAGGUCCUGCAUCGGCAGAACGAGCCAAGGGCGAAGGCAAUGAAGACGGCACCUUCAUGCAGCGCAUGCAGCUCUACAUGCCUGGUCAACACAGGCGCUUCCUCACGCACUUGCAGAGCUUGGCCGCUGCGGCUGACGAGGAGGAGCGUGCCCAGCUUCCCGAGGAGGCGAUGGAUAUCGAUCUCGACAGCGAGGAGAAGAGGCCUGAGAAGCAUUACCCCUCGCCCAUCCGUCACCUGGCGCAGUCAUGCCCAAACGCUGCUACACACCCUCUGCCCAAGGCAUACAACGCAGCCCUUUCUUCUCUCCGCUCACUCCGUGACGAGCACAUGCGCGUAGCCACACUCUACAUAGUGUCGCAAGCCCGCCGUCCCCCACCACCUGAGUAUGCUCCCCUGUUGGAGGACCAAGAGGAUUACGCGCGCACUGUUGCAAAGACACUUCAGCCACAAGAGGCGCAGGCGAUUGUUGAAGGGGCAAAGGAAAUGGAGAAAGAGCAGGCAGGGCCCGUCGGUACGGGCGGGACGGAUUUGGUCAAAUUCCUCAAGGCGUGCAGGAGGAGGACAGAUGAGGCGCUUCUGACGGCUGGGCCGUAGAGCGAUAGGCAGGCGUUGGUGAUGCUGCUGUAUUACGACAGAUAGACUUGACGAAGCCUCACGACAAAUAGACAUGCGCAUAGAUGAGGCAACUUGGCCUCCCCCACUUGAUUGCUCUCUCGUGAUAUUUGCUGUGAGACAAAUUGGCUUCCAUCUACGUCCUCCUCGCU